AUGAUCUUGUCGCUGACUUUAGCCCUGUGAAAAUGAUCAGCUUUCAAGUUAUUUUCUUUUUUCACUUUAUAAUGGAAAGCUUGUGACUGUAGAAGCAAUAUCACCUCUCUCCAUCCCUGUCCACACGUCGGGGUUCUCACAAAUAAAACUCCAAAAACUCCCCCACCAGCCACCCACAAAAAUAUCAGCUCUUUUUUCUGGUCUGUGUAGUCUCAAUUACUAUACACGUUGUGUUGGUCAAUUACUCCUCCUUCCGUCUAUCAAAGCUUGUUUAUUUCCUUUCAAGAAAUGGCUACCAAAGUUCAUGUGGGAAUGGAGACUGAAGUGAAUGGAAAUGGACGAAAUGGUGUGCCUGAAAUGGUUAAGAACAACUGGAAGAAACGCCUGCUUGAUUUUUCAGGGAAAAUGAAAAGAUUUACUGGUUGUUUGUGGCGAACCAUUUGGAAGGCUGGUCGAGAAGACCCUAGGAGGAUAAUUCAUGCUUUCAAAGUUGGUUUAUGUUUGACACUAGUCUCCCUGUUGUAUUUGAUUGAGCCAUUGUUCAAAAGUUUUGGAACAAGUGCCAUUUGGGCUGUCAUGACGGUGGUUGUUGUUUUAGAAUUCACUGCAGGAGCAACAUUAUGCAAAGGACUGAACAGAGGAUUAGGAACAGUUUUAGCAGGAUCAUUGGCUUUCCUCAUUAACUAUAUUGCAACUAGAUCCGAGAGCGUCGUUCGAGCCGUUUUCAUAGGAGCUGCUGUUUUCCUGAUUGGAACUGCAGCUACAUGCAUGAGGUUCUUUCCCUAUAUAAAGAAAAACUACGAUUAUGGUGUUGUGAUAUUCCUCUUGACCUUCAAUUUGAUCACCGUGUCAAGCUACCGAGUCGAAAACGUAUUAAAGAUUGUGCAUGAUCGCUUCUACGCCAUUUCCAUUGGCUGUGCCAUUUGUCUUUUCAUGAGUCUUCUGGUGUUUCCAAUCUGGUCAGGUGAAGACCUCCAUAACUCCACUGUAGGCAAGCUCGAAGGGCUAGCUAAAUCUAUAGAAGCUUGUGUUAAUGAGUACUUUAAUGAUCCUGAGAUAAAAGAAAACCAAGACAAAUCAUCAGAAGAUCCCAUCUAUAAAGGUUAUAAAGCAGUUCUGGAUUCCAAAUCUAUCGAUGAAACUCUGGCACUGUAUGCAAGUUGGGAACCAAGGCAUUCGAGGCACUGUUACAGAUUUCCAUGGCAGCAAUAUGUGAAAGUGGGAGCUGUUCUUCGUCAAUUUGGAUAUACUGUUGUAGCUCUCCAUGGAUGCUUGCAAACUGAAAUUCAGACCCCACGAUCAGUCCGUGCCCGCUUCAAAGACCCCUGCAUUCGACUUGCCGGAGAAGUAACGAAAGCACUAAUGGAACUUGCCAACAACAUCAGAAGACGUCGUCAUUGCUCCCCUGAAAUACUCUCCGAUCAUCUUCAUGAAGCCUUGCAAGACCUCGACACCGCAAUAAAAUCCCAACCAAGGCUCUUCCUAGGCUCAAAAAAGAACCAGACGACCUCCAACAUGCUAGCGUUGGCAGCUGCACACGCCGCUCGGUAUAAACAAGAUCAUGGCGUGUCAUUAGCAAGUGUGAAAACAGACUCAUCUGCGUUUUUGGAAUGGAAAAGAAAAAGGUUGGGCAGGGAAGAAGCUAAAGAGAAUGAACGAAAGGCUUUGAGACCACAGCUGAGCAAAAUUGCAAUAACAAGCCUAGAAUUCUCGGAAGCACUUCCUUUUGCUGCUUUUGCAUCUUUGCUAGUGGAGAUAGUGGCAAGGCUUGAUCAUGUGAUUGAAGAAGUUGAAGAAUUGGGGAGGAUAGCUUGCUACAAGGAGUUCAAUCCUGAUGACGAUGAUAUUAGUGUGACAUGUAAAAGACCACCAGUGGAUGUUACUAAGAAUCAGCUGCCAUCCCAUGCAUUUUAAGAGAGACAAAAACCUUUUUUAGAUAUUAGUUUUCUUGACAAGUGUUCGCUAGUUUUUUUUCUUUUUCAUCACAUGAAUAUAUAUAUAUAUUUAUUUAUUUUAUUUUUAAUAAAAGAUUUUAUAUAAAUUAAGGGAAGUAAUCAUUAUUAAAAGAUAAAUAAAAUAUUAAAAUUUUAUUUGUAUAAUAUAUAAAAGUUGAAUAUAUUGCAGCUCUA